GAAAAAAUAUGAAAUAACGUCAACAUUUGAUUUCACUUUUACAUAUUAAAAUUUGGAAAUUCUAUUCAAAAUUAUAGUAAAAUGUGGCUAAGAGGGCUGAAGGUCCCAAAAUUUCGAUGUUUUUCAACCACUACAGAACCGGAAGGACCAUGUAUUCUAAGCCCCAUUCCUGGUCCAUGUUCUACCAACUUAAUGAAUGAAAUGAGCUGUUAUCAAGCUUCCCCAAAACUACCGUUUCUUACGACCUCAAUGUGUGGGGCGUGUGCAAACGAAAAAGCAAUGAAAUCUAUGAUGAUGGCGUACCAGGCAAAAUUUAGAAAUUUUGAGCCUAUCAGCGAAGCUCAUAUAACUUCUGCUGUCAAAAAUAUGGAACCAGGUUCUACCACUUUGUCAAUUCUUAGCUUCAAAGGUUCUAACCAUGGAAGUGAAACUAUGGGUGUCCUCACAGCUUCACAUUGCGAUGGAAAAACAAAAGCUGAUUUGCCUGCAUUCAAUUGGCCCAUUGCAAAAUUUCCUCAAUACAAGUAUCCCUUGGAAGAGUUUUCUUGUUACAAUGAACAACAGGAUAAUAAAUGCCUUACUUCUGUUAGAGAAUUAAUUGAAAAAGGAAGAAAUGAUGGUUGUUCAGUGGCUGGAGUUAUUGUAGAACCAAUUCAGGACUCUAAUAACAAUGAAGCAUCGGAUAAAUUUAUUAAAACAUUACAGAAAAUCUGCAAAGAAAAUUGCUGCUACUUUUGUAUAGAUGAAACUAAUACAGGAUGUGGUGCUACAGGAACCCUUUGGAGUCAUGAGCAAAUUAAUUUACCCGAACCUCCAGAUGCGGUUACUUUCAGCAAAAAAACACAACUUUCUGGAUUUUUUCAUAACAUAGAACUAAAUCCACAAGACGGAUCUAGACUACAAAGUACCUGGUCGGGAGAUCCCUCCAAACUUUUUAUGUAUGAAUCAAUUUUAAACGUAAUAGAAAAAGACUAUUUACUGUGUACAGUAAACGACACGGGGUGUUGUCUUAAAAAUCAACUCGUAAAACUUCAGCAAAAUCAUCCCUUUAUUGAAAACAUUAGAGGAAAGGGAACUUUCCUUGCAUUCGAUUUAAAAUGUCCUGGAAUGAGAAAUGAAAUUUUAAAUAAUUUAAAAAACAGAGGUAUAUUAGUUAAAAGUUGUGGUGAAAAAGGUAUUGCCAUCCGACCUGCACUAAUAUUUAACCAAGAUCAUGUUGGCAUUUUCAUAGAAAACUUAAAUGGUAUUCUUUGCGAUUACAAAAAAGCUCCAGUUUUAAAUAAACACAGGAAAAAAAAGAUUCCAAAAUACAAACCACCUUGUCCCGAACCAUGCCCAGAACCACCUUGCAACCCAUGCAAACCUCCGCCAUUACCUACAUGCGGCAUUUGUAGCCCUAAAAAGAAAAAGCCCUGUUAACUUGUAAACAUUUUUUUUAUUUAAAUAAAUGUAUGCCAUAUUUUGC